UACACUGGCAGCUAGCGAAGUUUGAGGAAGUGCUGAAUCCGAGUUACAACAGUCAUUGAGAGCAUUUGUUUCUGUGCUACUUCAAGCGUUUGAUUACUUCUAGUCAUCUCAAGAAAUAGUUAUUUUGGCACAUGCUUCGAACAAUAAAAAGAUGGGCAACACUAUAUGAAUGUGUGAGGCUUCAGCUGAGUAAUUGCUGUCUGCUGCUAUGACAACCAGCGGCUGCAGUCAUCUGCCUGAGGUCCUGCCAGACUGCAUAGACUCAGCCCCUCCAGGAAAGGCUAUCGUUGACUCUACCAGCCUUGUAAACGGACAGCCGCAGUAUGUAAUGCAAGUUUCAGCCAAGGACGGACAGCUGCUGUCAACAGUAGUCAGGACUCUCGCUACACAAAGCCCCUUCAAUGACAGGCCUAUGUGCCGGAUCUGCCACGAAGGCAGCAGCCAAGAAGACCUACUGUCCCCCUGCGAGUGUACAGGAACACUGGGGAGCAUCCACAGGAGCUGCCUGGAGCACUGGCUCUCCGCCUCCAACACCAGCUUCUGCGAGCUCUGCCACUUCAAGUUUGCAGUGGAGCGCAAACCCAGACCCUUGAUAGAGUGGUUAAAAAAUCCAGGCCCUCCUCAUGAGAAGCGGACGCUGUUUGGAGACAUGGUGUGCUUUCUCUUCAUAACUCCCCUGGCUACAAUCUCUGGCUGGCUGUGUUUGCGUGGAGCUGUGGACCAUCUGCACUUUAGCAGCAGGCUGGAGGCUGUUGGACUAAUAGCACUGACCGUUGCACUCUUUACUAUUUACCUCUUUUGGACAUUAGUUUCUUUCAGAUAUCACUGUAGACUGUAUAAUGAAUGGCGUCGGACCAAUCAGAGAGUCUUACUCCUCAUCCCAAAGUCGUCUAGCAUACCGUCUAUGCAGCGCGCGCUGCUAGGACUGCCUCCAAUCAAAAGGGAUUCCAAGGAGACAAUUGUUUGACUUCAAGCUUGCCAGACAUUAGAAGCUGUGAACACUUACAGGAGCAGAACUAAUUCCAUCCAAAGACUCAUGGCUUGUGAAUUUUUUUUUUUAGCACAAACUUUAUUAAUAGCUGAAGUUUUAUACUGCACAAAAGUUAACAGGGCAAACAGGAUUUCUCCAAGGCUAGCUUCCAGAAAGAUAUGACUAUUCCUGCAACUUUUACAGAUCAUAAAGUGAAAUUUGUUGCUCAAAUAUUUUACUGUAUAUUCUCAGCAAUUUUUCUGAGCAAAAUGGCUGGGGCAUCCUACCAGGAUUUCUACCAUAGAGGACACCAGCAAUGCAGCGGCAUUCUAAAAUGCUGUCUGUAAGAGUCCUGUCCUGCCUCUAAAUGCCUUGAAUACCAUGUGACUUUUUUGGUGGGAAGUAGCUAAGCACAGUAAUUUUAAACUACAAGAAAAGGGGCAUUUGUCAGGUGUUUGCUAGUAUGAGCUUAAUACAGCAGGCUUUUUCUUUUUUUAAAAAAAUAUAAUUCUUAACUUGUGUAGUGUAAAGACUUUAUACGGCUGUGCUUUUAUUUAUCUUUUUAAAGAUGCAUUUAAAUGAAAUCCAUUUUUAAGUUUUGUGAUUGUGUAUGUUUUAAAAGCAUAAAGGUUCAAACAAAAACCAAAUGGAGUAUCAUAGGUGUAAAUGCGAACAAUGCAUUAAGGUUGGGAGUUUGUUUCUAAAUAUCCAUAUGUUGAAACCUAGCUAACUAGUGCAGUAAAACAUUGUGCACUCCAGUGUGAAAUGAGAUAGUGUGAUUAUUUUGCUUGUUGAUUUUGUUCUUGCUUGACAAUGUAAUGCAUUUGAGACCUGAGUAACCUUGUGUCAAGACAUGUUAUUUUAGGCCUUAUUCCCGUUUGAUGUCAAACAUGCCACAACACAUCUUUAGCGUUAGUACCCAGGUGACUAGAAGGACACUUUCGUUUUGUUAAAGCACCUGCAAAACAAUGACCCACUGAGGAGUCUAAACCCACAUUUGUAAAAAGAAAAAUAAGUAUUUCUUUAUAAUUAGCCGCUCCAAAGCAGCUUCCAAUUACAUUUUGUUAGUCACCUUAUCCUAUGGUGGUUGCAGUCACCCUGAGUGGUUUGCAAAGCAGUUACUCAAUGUUUUAAGGUGCUGCGAUUCCAGGAGCUGCUCUGUUUACUAGCCGUAGAUGUGGAGCAGGCUAGGUCAGCAGCAAGUGUCUUUCACCAGCCUCAUCUAGUGUACAACUGUAUAUCGCUAGCACUGAAGAACAGCUGAACUUGGACUAAUAAAAUGCAAAAAAUUAAAAAGCACAGUAUUUGAAUUGCAUAACAAAAAAUUGUAGUUCUCUCUUACAAAUUAAGAGCGAGUAAAUUGAAAACCAGUAGAAUAAAUGUCAGUAACAACAUACUGGGUGCGUAUUCUCUCUUUACAUCAUUGGUUAAAUCCUGCUCUUCACAUUGUAUUAUUUCUUAAAGUUAAACUUUGUCCAGUGGCUUAGACAAGCCUCACAUGAAGUCUCUGUAUUUAAUCUUAAUACCAUCAAAUGCUGUGAGUGUUUAAUUUUAAAAACAGUGUCAGUAUACAUAUAUGAUAUAGAUUUCAAAUAAAGUAUCCCAUUUCUUCUUAUCCAAAUAGUCCAGAAUUAAAGCAGUAGUCUGUGCAAAUUUUAUACGAGUCAUACCUUUCUAAAAUCAAAAACAUUUGGCCCAACAUCACUCCAAACUUUUACCUCUGCAUUUGCAAACUGAAGCAUCUUCCUAGGAAGUGCCAUGUUUCAACAACCAGUAAAUUCAAUUUCAGCACAAUGUGAUUAACCAAACAGCCACAACAGUGUGACAUUUCCUGUUUUUAUAUUCUGAGGACUGUUGAUGCUGGCAGGUUAAACAGAUACUUUACCACAGAAAGUUAAGAUGCUUGUACUGUUCCUUAAAAAUGUUAUUAUCCUUGAAGUCUUAACAAUCAAUGACACCACUGUUGUUGUUGUGUUUUUAAAGCAUUACAUUGUAUCAAAGGGAUGUUUGCACUUCCUGUACAAGUCAAAAUAAUAUAUUCAGCACAAAGGGUGUUAAAGGAUGAUACUAAGAAAAGGGUAAGAAACUGAUUUUAUAACUUUGCUUGCCACCGCUUUAACCUGUAAAUUUGUAAAGGUGACAGAGCCUUAUUUUGAAUACUUGCGGUGAGGGGACCAAAGAAAUAACUACAGUAUGUGCCUCCAUUGUAAACUAGGUACAGAUGGUUUAGUGUGAACUCUCCAGGUAAAAAUUCCAGAAUUCAUGUUUUUCCUCCAUAGAAAUAAUUCAUAGUUUAAAAUGAGUUGGCAGUUACUUUAAAGUAUUACCCAACUCAAUUACAAAAUGAAAGGAUUAGUUAAGUGUUUACUUAACAUGAUAUGUUAUUAGGCAUAUAUACUGGCAUAUGUCCAAUGUUACAUAUGGAAACACGCACAUUGACUUCUGAAGCUUUUUCAGUUAGCCGAUAAACAUUAGUGUUUUCAUGUACAUUCCUUUGGGGAAAAAUACUGUAGGUUCUAUCAAUAAUAAAGCAAAAUGUCACCUGUUAUAAAUCUUUACACUGUAGAUUUCUCAGUUACAGUACCAAUAAGGUAUUAAUGUGAGGAAGGCAGAUUCAAACUGCAAAUACAGGCAGUAAUUGAUGUUUAACAUUGUCCCUUUUCUACUUCACAAGUAACUUGUCUGUUGUAUCCACCCCAUCCCGGUGCGUGUUGUUGCACUGUACCUCUUGAAACACAGAGAUGGUUUACCCGUCUAUAACGAGUGCAGUUUUCAUGACAGUUUGUAAAUACAUGUGUAGUGCAAACUUUGAAUUAAUUUGAAUAUAAUAAAGCACUGACCUCUUGUCUGGUUUUGUGUCUUGACUCCCCUUACUAGUCAUGAUCUGGGGAUUUA